AUGGCGGCUCAUCUUGGCUUUGGUGGGCGACAUCCCAUCGGCGCAGUCAUCCGUAUUGUCUGUCAAGGCAGUAAAUUCGAAGAAAAUUUCCUUUACACAUUCUAUAAGAUCAAUGUAAUUAGGGGUGAUGCCCAUCCUCGUGUGACUGGAUGCAAAUCAGAAGACAAGUGCUUCUCCAGCUUGGCAGAGGCCAGAGCAUGGCUGCGGGAACGGACCCAGGACGAGAUUCACGAGGUCCUCAAGGAUCGCCACCCGUACCGAGGUAAAGGAGGCUUCUAUGCAGUCGCAAAUGGUAGAAAAGUCGGGGUUUUCCAUAACUGGUGUGACUGUCAACUCCAGACUUCAGAGGUAGAGGGCGCAUGCUUCAAAAAGUUUGAGACUGAGCAAGAGGCCGAGGCUUUCAUCCAAGACUGGAAGCAGGCUGUCGUCGAGGUCUACAUGGUGGAAAUCAAAACGGCUCUGGAUAAUGGCUUUCGGCCUGCGCACAUGAAGUUCAACGUCAAGAAGAAGCUGCUGCCGCGCGAUACCAAAAAGGCGGCAGAACCCGAGCUGGGUAAGGCAAAAGAGGAGGAGACUUUGAAAGGUGGUGACAGUUUGUCUCUCGAGAGACUUGGUCUUGAAGAUGAACAAAAAGUGCCGGCCUCUUGA